CACAACAUACUCAUUUUGCCUGCGAGAAUUGUUUGAGUUCAGAUACAUGCAGACGGAUCCAAACUGGUCCAACUUCUUCUAUGACCCAGAAUUGCAGAAGGUGGCGCUUCUGGAUUUUGGAGCAACCCGGGGUUUUGAUGAGGAAUUCACAGACCUCUACAUAGAGUUAAUCAAAGCAGCUGCUGACAUGGACAGAGAGAAGGUGCUGAAGAAAUCAAUAGAAAUGAAAUUCCUAACUGGCUAUGAAAACAAGGCUAUGGAAGAAGCCCACUUGAAUGCUGUCCUCAUCCUUGGAGAAGCUUUUGCAUCCAGUGAACCUUUUGACUUCGGCAACCAAAACACCACCGAGAAGAUACAUGGGUUAAUUCCAGUCAUGCUGAAGCACAGGCUUGUCCCACCCCCCGAGGAGACCUACUCUCUUCAUCGGAAAAUGGGAGGCUCAUUCCUCAUAUGCUCCAAGCUGAAGGCCCAAAUUCCAUGCAAGGACAUGUUUCAGGAAGCCUACAGAAAAUACUGGAGUAGAAAGGCCAAGAAGGAAUAGUAGCACAGAACUGUUGAACGCCCCCUUGCGUUUAUGGCCAAUCACCAAGGUUCUAGCAAACCACAGUGCAGUGUCUUCUCUCUCAUACCCCCAGAACACCAGCAGCCUGGCUCCUGGAAGCAGAAUACCCGGUUCUAAGGACAGUGUUGUUCUUUUGUUGGACCUUUCUCCUCCACUUUACACUCACCUGAUUCCCUGU